UAUAGGCCUCUCCUCCUCUUGUAGCUGUCGGGGGUAGGCAGCAGGGGGCGCAGCUCAUGGCUGUGUCGUCUGUAAAGUUGCAGAGCUGCGUUUCCUUAAAUGCAUAGUUCAGGAUUAGGAAGAACACACCCAGUGACAUCAGUGAGGUUUGAAGAAAAAACGCUCAACUCAACUGUGCAGAGGAGGAACAGGAGGGCCGGGAGCUCCUGCUCGGGUUUCUGUUAGUUUUCAGCGGGAUUUUUUUUCUUCUUCAGCUCCAGGAAGUUUGGGAGCACACAGACUGGGACUGUGCUCAAAGUUUGUUCAGAGAAGGAGAGCGGAGACACGGCAGCAUGUCAACUUCAGAAGAAACGGACGGAUACCGACCUAGAUAUGGCUCUGUCCUGGAUGGAGUGGAGCGGCUCACAGCGGAGGAGAUGGACGAGAGGCGACAGCAGAACAUGGCCUACGAGUACUUGUGUCAUUUGGAGGAGGCCAAAAGAUGGAUGGAGGCCUGCCUGGACGAGGAGUUGCCCCCCACCACAGAGCUAGAGGAGGGGCUGAGGAACGGCGUCUAUCUGGCCAAACUGGGCAACUUCUUUGCACCGCACACUGUCUCACUCAAGAAGAUCUAUGACCGUGAACAGACACGAUACAAGGCAACAGGUCUCCAUUUCAGACACACAGACAAUGUCAUUCAGUGGCUCAAUGCCAUGUCAGAGAAGGGCCUGCCAAAGAUCUUCUACCCUGAAACCACCGACAUCUACGACAGAAAGAACAUGCCACGUUGCAUCUACUGCAUACAUGCGCUCAGCCUGUACCUGUUUAAGUUGGGCCUGGCUCCACAGAUCCAGGAUCUGUAUGGAAAAGUCGAUUUUACUGAGGAGGAGAUCAACAACAUGAAGAGUGAGCUGGAAAAGUAUGGAAUCCAGAUGCCUGCCUUUAGCAAGAUUGGUGGGAUCCUGGCCAAUGAGCUCUCGGUGGAUGAAGCUGCAUUGCAUGCUGCGGUGAUCGCCAUUAAUGAAGCCAUAGACCACGGUGUCCCAGAAGGCACCUUGGCUGCGAUGCAGAACCCUAAUGCCAUGCUGGUCAACCUUGACCCUCACUCUGCCAGAGAGUACCAAGACAUGUUGUACCAGGCCAAAGGGGAGAAGGUGGCCAGCUCACGGAAACGGCAAAUGGAGAAUGCCGAAGCAGAAAGAGAUAUCUAUGACGAGCUUCUCACUCAGGCUGAACUCCAAGGCAAUGUUAACAGAGCCAAUGUGAGUAAUGCCCUGAAGGCAGCUGAGGAAGCUUUGCUGAGUGGUGACGAGGAUAAGUUGUAUGAGGCCCUCAAAGCCAUGGGCGUUCAGAACCUGCAGGCACAGAACAAGGGCUGGUACCUCAAACAGCUACAGGCUGAACGGGAGAAUAAAGAGCAGAUGUCUCCAGGAGAAGUGCUGACAAAAGACGAGUUGCAGAGUGGUGUGGAUGUGGCUAAUCAGAUCGCAGAGGGCUACUUAAAAAUGUUAAAGGCAGUAGAACGAAUCAAUGCAGGCAUCAGAGCAGGAGUCGCAGAAGAUACAGUGGAGGAGCUGAUGAACCCUGAUGCUCAGCUUCCUGAAGUCUAUCCCAGUGCUGCAGACCUCUACCAGAGAGAACUGUUCAGCCUACAGCAGCAGAGUGCAGAGGGUUCACUGUCCCACCCUGAGCUGCUUGUCGCUGUGGAGAUGCUGUCGGCAGUUGUGCUGAUGAAUGAGGCGAUGGAUGUUGGGGACAGAGCUGCCCUCUGGAAACAACUGUCCAGUUCUGUCGCAGGGCUCAGUAAUGUGGAAGAUGAAUAUGCACAGAGAUACAUGGAUGAACUGAUGCGUCUAAAGGCAGCAGCCAGAGAGCAGGGGAGUGACUACCUGACCUGGAAUGACAUCCAGGCCUGCAUCGACCAUGUCAACAUGACUGUGCAGGAAGAACAUGAACGUAUCGCUGCCAUUGGACUGAUCAACGAAGCCUUGGAUGAGGGAGAUCCCAUGAAGACGCUGGCUAUGCUGCAGAACCCGUCAGCUAAGCUCAUGGAUGUGGACCCCAGUGUGGCUCAGCACUAUCAUGACAAGCUGUUGGAGGCCCGCAGGGAAAAGGCCCAUGAGACUCAGGACCCGUCUGCUGUGCUGUGGCUGGAUGAGAUACAGGAUGCUAUUCUGAAGGCCAACCAGGACACACGUGAAGCCUUCCAGUUUGCCCAGUCCAUCCAAACUAUUAAUGAGGCAGUGGACAGUGGAGAGGCAUCGCAGACAUUGGCUGCUCUACGAAACUCUGGGGCAGGACUCUACGGUGUCACCUCAGAGUGUGCCCAAACCUACCAGGAUGACCUGUCAAAAAUCAAGGAUGAGAAAAAGAAAGAAGGGGAUAAUGGCAGCGAGUGGGUAAAGCACUGGGUAAAGGGAGGACAUAACUAUUACUACAACUUGAAUACUAAAGAGGGAACCUGGGUAGAACCAGAGGGCUUCCUGCAGAACAACACUCAGCUCAACAAGGAGGACAUCCAGUCUGUGGUCUCUGGAGUAACCACAGCUUACAACAGAGAGCAGCUCUGGUUGGCUAACGAGACGCUCAUCACGAAGCUGCAAGCUCGUUGUCGUGGUUACUUGGUCAGGAAAGGACUAAAGGAACGGAUAGAGUUCCUGAAAACACAGGAACCAGCUGUCACACGGAUACAGGCCCACUGGAAGGGCUACAAGGAGAAGAAGAAGUUUAAAGAUCGCAAACAGUUUUUGAAAGAUCAUACUGAUGAUGCUGUGAAGAUCCAGUCCAUGGUUCGAAUGCAUCAAGCUCGUAAAAAGUACAAGGAUCGUCUCAAGUACUUCAGAGAUCAUAUCAAUGAUGUGAUAAAAAUCCAGGCCUUCAUUAGAGCUAACAAAGCCAGGGAUGACUACAAAACACUGACUAGUGCUGAAGAUCCUCCAAUGGCAGUGGUGAGGAAGUUCGUCCAUCUGCUGGACCACAGCGACCAGGACUUUCAGGAGGAGCUGGAGCUGAUGCGGCUGCGAGAGGAGGUGGUCACCAAGAUCCGCUCCAACCAGCAGCUGGAGAAUGACCUCAACCUGAUGGAUAUCAAAAUUGGCCUUCUGGUGAAGAACAGGAUCACCCUGCAGGAGGUGGUGUCGCACAGCAAGAAGCUGACAAAAAAGAACAAGGGUCAGCUGUCCAACAUGAUGAUGAUGAACAAGCAAAGAGGAGGCCUGAAAGCACUGAGCAAGGAGAAGAGGGUCAAACUUGAGGCUUACCAGCAUCUGUUUUACCUGUUACAGACCAACCCCACUUACCUGGCCAAGCUCAUCUUCCAAAUGCCACAGAACAGGUCUACGAAGUUCAUGGACUCCGUUAUCUUUACCCUGUACAACUAUGCCUCCAAUCAGAGAGAGGAGUAUCUGCUUCUCAGGCUCUUCAAAACUGCCCUGCAGGAAGAGAUUAAGUCCAAAGUUGACCAGAUGAAAGAGAUUGUUACAGGAAACCCAACAGUCAUUAAGAUGGUGGUCAGCUUUCACCGUGGAGCACGAGGACAAAAUGCUUUAAGGCAAAUCUUAGCACCAGUCGUCAAGGAGAUCAUGGAGGACAAAACAUUAAACAUCAAAACUGACCCCGUGGACAUUUACAAGAGCUGGGUCAACCAGAUGGAGACGCAGACAGGGGAGGCCAGUAAACUGCCCUACGAUGUUACACCAGAGCAGGCCAUGACCCAUGAGGAGGUCAGGACAAGACUGGAGGCCUCUAUCAAAAACAUGAAGACCAUCACUGACAAAUUCCUCUCUGCUAUAAUCGUUUCGGUGGAUAAAAUCCCAUAUGGGAUGCGGUUCAUUUCCAAGGUGCUCAAGGACACUCUGCAAGAGAAGUUUCCAGAUGCAACAGAGGAUGAACUUCUCAAGAUCGUGGGGAACCUCUUGUAUUAUCGCUACAUGAACCCAGCCAUCGUGGCGCCUGACGCCUUUGACAUCAUCGAGGUGUCGGCAGGUGGAGCACUGACCACUGAGCAACGGAGAAACCUGGGCUCUGUAGCCAAGAUGCUGCAGCAUGCUGCCUCCAAUAAGAUGUUCCUCGGGGACAAUGCCCACCUCAAUCCCAUCAACGAAUAUCUCACGGCUUCAUAUCAGAAAUUUAGGCGUUUCUUCCUGGCAGCUUGUGAUGUUCCCUCGCUGGAGGAUAGGUUCAAUGUGGAUCAAUACUCAGAUUUAGUCACCGUUACCAAACCUGUCAUCUACAUCUCCAUUGGAGAGAUUAUUAACACUCACACACUGCUCCUGGACCAUCAGGACGCCAUCGCUCCAGAACACAAUGACCCCAUCCAUGAGCUGCUGGAGGAUCUGGGUGAGGUUCCCACAGUGGAGUCACUCAUAGGAGAAAAUCCUCUUCCUCCUGACGACCCUAACAAAGAGCUCAUGGGUAAAGUUGAGGUUUCACUCACGCUCACUAACAAGUUUGAUGUACCUGGCGAGGCCAACACCGAGAUGGAUGCCAGGACUUUGUUGCUAAACACAAAGAGGCUCAUUGUGGAUGUGAUCCGGUUUCAGCCUGGGGAGACUCUUACAGAGAUUCUUGACUCAACACCAGGCCCAGAACAGGAGGCAGAGUACCAGCGGGCCAUGCAGAGGAGAGCAGCCCGAGAUGCCAAGACUCCAGAGAAGAUGAAGCAGGUUAAACCUGUGGUGGACGACAGCCUGACGCUGCAGGGGAAGAAGGAGAAAAUCAAGAACAACCUGCAGAGACUGGCAGAGCUGGGGAAGGUUGACCCGGAGAACCGCUACCAGGACCUUAUCAAUGACAUAGCCAAGGACAUCAGAAAUCAGAGGCGGUAUCGUCAGCGUCGGAAAGCUGAGCUGGUGAGACUUCAGCAGACGAACAACGCUCUGAAUUCGAAAACCAAUUUUUAUAAUGUACAGAUUGAUUCAUACAAUCUGUACAUCAAGUCUUGCAUGGACAGCCUGACCAGCAAGGGCAAGUUGUCAAAGAAACAAGGCGACAAGGCCAAGAAAAGUAAACAGGUCUCCCAGAAGUACACGGCCUCUCGCCUCCAUGAGAAGGGCGUGCUCAUCUCUAUAGAGGAUCUCCAGCCCAAUCAGUUCAAGAAUGUUAUUUUUGAGAUUUCACCAUCAGAGUCUGUUGGAGUGUUUGAUGUGAAUGCCAAGUUCAUGGGCGUCCACUUGGAGACGUUACAGCUAGAAUACCAGGAUCUUCUUCAGUUGCAGUAUGAAGGGGUGGCUGUGAUGAAGCUCUUUGACAAGGCCACCAUCAACGUGAACCUACUCAUUUUCCUGCUCAACAAGAAAUUUUAUGGAAAAUAGAGAAGGAUAGACAAGAGGGCAAGAGACUCUGAUUAAAACCACAACGCCCACUUUGAGGGCUGCUGAGCACCCUGACCCAAACCACCCUACCCAUCCCACACACGUCUUCUACUGCACUUCACCUAUGUGCCUAUGCAAAUUUAUGUGCAUUAUUUUAAUUAUGUGGAUUAUCAUUUUUGCUUUCACUCUUGAUGCGGCAGUCUAGUUCCUCACUCUGGUAGGGGAACCACAGACACUUGCUGGAGUCUUUUUUACUGUCUUUGUUACUGUAGCUAGAUCAGAACUCUAGCAUUUGUUCUGUUUUUGCUUUAAAUGUUAAAAAUAUCUUGUGCAUGGGCUUAUUAUUAUUAAUUAUAAAAAAUAUGUUUUAUGUAAAGAAACUGUUUUAUGUCUUUCUUAGCUUUUAGUUCGUCUACUCAUCUGACUGAUAAAACUUUAUGGCUAUCAUCAAGUGAAAGAGUACUCUUUUAGACGGACUAAAUACAGGAAAUGAGUCCUGGUCUUAGUCUCAGUGACUCAUCUCUUCUCUGUGACAUUUUGUGUUUUGGUCUAGUGGAUCAAAACAAGUUAUAGGACAGACAUGACAGACAUGGUUUACUUUGAGAAAACAUGUCUGGAAUUAAUCUUUUCUUUCCCUCUUUUUCAACAUAAGCCACGUGUCCUUCAAAGCAGACACAAUGACACAUCAUACAUGGUAAAUACACAAGAAAUCAGACUUGCAGUAAACAAAUAAAAUUCCAAUGCUCAUAUUGAGCCACCAACUCAAUUUUCUUUUCUUUUUUUUACAAACAUUUUAAAUUUAGAAUUAAUAUGUUCUCACCAACUAACCACAUCUUACCCUGUUGUCAUCUCUCUAACUAAGCAGGUCAGGUUGUGGUUUUAUUUAGGAGUGGUCUGAAUGGCCCAAGACUACAGCUCCAAUAAUGAUGGUUAGAGAAAUACACAACUCAAAGUUUUUACUUCUUUUAAUUCUUAUUACAAUCAGCGGAAAAGAAGAUGUAACUUGUGUAGAAUACUUUGCAGAUUGGCUCAGAUACUGGGCUAAGGUUAAAUACAGAAAAUUAUAUAUAAAUAUAUAAAAAAAUAUACACAGUGAAUGCUGGAUCUCUGGGGGAAGUAUGGUGGAGUAAAGAAUCUUUGAAUGGAAAAAUAUUUUUCAAAGAAUUAGCAGCAGUUUAAAAGAUAUUGACAACCAUUUUGACCGACAUUUGUUAAUGAGACAUUUUUGAGAAAUUUAAUUAAAAUGUAUAUAAAAAAUGUAAACAUCAAUAAAAUAAAACUGAAAUAAA